AUGGGCAGAUGGCAGUCAAGCAGGGCCACACGUGGCACAGUUGUUGAGCGAUGCCAAAAAUUGGAGGAGAACAUGCUGCGGAACCUUGAAGAGAUGCGUUCUUACAGGAAGGGAAUGGAUGAGGUCGUGGAAAGAAGAAAGGCAGCAGCGAGAAGCUUUAUGGAGCAGUUCAAGCCGAAUCCUGAUACCAUUAAGCUCGCUGAGCUGAAACCUGCUCCUCAUCUCGAUCCAGCACAUGCAAGACCCAAGGAGAACACAAGCAUGAAGGAUCGCAUAGCAGCUAUGGAAGUCAAUGCAGAGAGCAAUAAUGAGGUACUUGGAGACCAUCGGAAGGUGUUGGACACAAUUCUAGCGAUCCGGCAGGCAGCAGCAGAAAGAGCCAUGGAUCCAUCAAAGGCUUCAGCCAGUGAGGCUCUAGCUGCUGCAGCAAACCAAAUUCCGGCCGAGGAGGUUCCGCCUGAACCUGUGAGCAUCAACCAGAAAUGCCGAGAAAUUCAGAGGAAUUCCAAAUGGAUGGGUUCUGCCAUGCAGAAAGCGGCGGUGUCGAAGGCAAGAUCUGAUGAUGUGAAGGAAAAGAGAGCAUGGCAGGAAGCUGAACUCAGGCAAGAAGCUGAAGAUGCAAAUCAGCCUCAGGAGCUUCCGACUUCGAGGCCACAUUCUGUGACUGGCGCGUCAAGGCCCAGUAUUUCCCACUUAAGCUGUGAUCCCAAGCGCCCUAAGUCUUCUAGGCGUCCAAUUUCGGCUGCAUCAACUGCAUGGGCUUCUCGACCUGGAUCUUCGCGGCCUGUGUCUGCUUUGUCGCGAGGAGGAACCAGUGGCAGGAGUUCUAGGCCUGCAUCAUCCGCGGGUGUGAGAUCCGGUCGAAGGAAUGCCUUCAUGGGGAUGCUCCUGAUUCGGUCGGGUGUGGAGAUUUGCUGCCAUCAUCGGUGA